CAACAGUUCAAUUUGAUGACCUCUCGGGGAAAUACGUUCAUCUGCAUCAACUCAACCUAGGUGGUAUUAUACACGGGCAAUAAGGAUCACCAAACCACAGAAGAAGAAAAGGAGGCCUGCUUUGCGGCAACUGUCGUGAAAGCACCAGUAGUCCUCCAGCUGCGAAUCAUCUGGCGGAAGCAUGCCUAAAGCCAGACAAAAAAGAGCGAAAUGGCUAACAUUUCGUGGGAAGAACAAGGGGAAUGAUGCGCAGCAGCAGAAAGCAUCACAAGAAGGAAGGAAGAACCCAGGCCAGAACACAGGGCUGCAUGCACACCUGUUCAAGGAGAAUGGCCACAGAGAUGCAGAACUCAGGAAGAAGAGGAGGGAGAGCCUUCAGGAGAAGCAGAAAAUUUCUCGGGACAGAGAGCUGUUAAAGAGGCGCAGUCUGGGCUCCUUCCAGAAAGAUGUUCUACAGCGACAGAGAGAAUUUGAGAGGAAGGAGGCUGAGAUGCAGAAUUUAGACAAACACGUCAGCUUUGAAAAUGAGAACUCCAGGAAGGCGUAUUACCGGGAAUUCAAAAAGGUCAUUGAGAGGGCUGAUGUUAUUCUGGAGGUCCUGGACGCCCGUGACCCACUGGGGUGCCGCUGCCCACAAGUGGAACAGGCUGUGGUCCAGAGUGGCACCAACAAGAAGAUUGUGCUGGUGCUGAACAAGAUAGAUCUGGUUUCUAAGGAAAUUGUGGAGAAAUGGAUCAAGUACCUUCGUAAUGAGUUCCCCACCGUGGCCUUCAAAGCCUCUACUCAGCAGCAGAACAGGAACUUGAAGCGUAGCAGCGUCCCCGUGGCUCAGGCCUCCUCGGAGCUCCUGGGCAGCAGUGCAUGUGUGGGGGCGGACCUCCUGAUGAAGCUACUGGGGAAUUACUGCCGCAGCCUCGACAUAAAGACCAUCAUCACAGUGGGCGUAGUGGGCUUUCCCAAUGUGGGGAAAAGCAGUAUGAUCAACAGUUUGAAGCGAGCGCGCGCCUGCAACGUCGGGGCCACGCCUGGUGUCACCAAGUGUCUUCAGGAGGUGCACCUGGACAAGCACAUCAAGCUCCUGGACUGUCCAGGGAUCAUUAUGGCGACCUCCAAAAGCGAUGCAGCCAUGAUCCUGAGGAACUGCAUGAAGAUCGAACAGCUGAUGGACCCAGUGGAGCCGGUGGCCGCCAUCCUGCGCCGCUGCAAUAAGGCUCAGAUCAUGCAGCACUAUGGUGUCCCAGACUUCCAAACUCCUCUGGAGUUCCUGGCAUUACUGGCACGCCAGCAGGGUAAGCUGCGGAAAGGGGGGCUGCCGGAUCAUGACAAGGCUGCCAAGAGUGUCCUCAUGGACUGGACUGGCGGCAGGAUCAGUUACUUCACACACCCUCCAGAGACACACACGCUGCCCACACACAUCAGUGCUGAGAUUGUGGCAGAGAUGGGCAAGGCCUUUGACUGGGAGGAGCUGGAGAAGGGCAACCAGGAAGCACUGGCUGAGGUGAGCUCUCUCUCAUCUGCAAUGCAGAUGGGGUUGUGCAUGGCUACCUCAGGCAUGACGCAGGGGGAGCUACCCUCUGACUUGGACAUUCAGGGAGACGAUGUGGAUGACUGUGAGCCAGAGAGGACGGAAUCCAUGGAGCACGAUGCUGAUACCAAGUUUGGGCCAAUGACGGUGGAGAUCCCGUUAUCCCAGGCUAAGUCGGGGGGUGUAGUGGAGACAGUGUGUCCACGGGCCCUGGACUUGCGGGACAUCCUGCAUGUGGACCCCCUCCAGCAGGGCCAGGCACUGCUGGCAGCCAGCAAGAAGAGGAAGAAGCAGCAGAAACGAGCUGACAAAAUUGCAACCAAGCUCUCAGACACACUGACGUCUGCGAUGAACUUUGCCUUCCUGGACAGCUGAUGAAGGUGUGCCAUUCAGGAACGGGAACUCUGAACGGCCCUCCUGGAGGGGUGUGUAUACGUGUGUGAAGAAAAUAACAUGCUGUGCUUAAUGUACAUUUCACACACUGCUUGUACAAAUAAAGUCUGCAA